AUGGCAGAGCAGAAAAGUCUCUAUGUCUAUCAUCAUGUCUUCUUGCCGCCUCAAUUGCCCCAAUCAGAUGACUUCAGCCCGCGAAAUGAAAGCGCCUUACUCGAGGUCGUCCAAGAUUCUGUUGUCGAGUUUCGAAAGUACGUUCCCGAGAGUCAAGCAAGCUCUGUGGAGAUUGCCAUCGGCUUGAUGCAGGCCAUGGUUCGUCUUCAUCAGACCCUGGAAGAUACUGUCGCCGUCGAUGAGUCAGAGCUGCUCAAAAUUCUGGAGAAUCCCGUGAACAAAGGUUUGCAAAUGCCACUGAACCGGCCUAUCGGGGGUGUCGUUUCUUUCAACAUCAGAGCCCAAAAUGCUGGAGUUCUUAUUACGAGGGACCAUGAAGCAAUCAAUGUGGAGGCGUUUGAAUUGUCUCCGACCAACGAAUCAGUCAUGGCUACGAAAGGUCGUCUUCGCAGAAGCUUCCCCGGAGUCGGAAUCUCUAUCCCUCUCAAACGUUUCGUUGAACCAGGAUUCCAAGAGGUUUUAGCUGCGACCCUGGCCAAGAUGAGUUCCCAGGCAAUCGCCGGGACCCAACCACGCGCUAAGAAAGCGGGCCGAUUCCUCGACGAAAGUCGUGAUACUGCCAGCCCCGAGAUGAUCACAGAGUUCAUCUAUUCCUAUCUUCUUGCCAACGGAGAGGCUCUUGCCACAACACGAAUCCUGAAAAACACUCGGGAGGAGGUCAAUUGGAGCAGUGCUUUGCUUCCGUGGCACCGUUCUUCAACCUGGCUGCUCAUACGUGUGAGCUUGCAACUACUUUUUACCCGGAUGGUCGCAGAGACCGCUUCGCACCGUGGCCUAUACAAAACGUUCAUGGUCUUCGUGAUGGCGAGAGUGCUUGAUCACGCUCUGAACAUCGGAUUGCCGUCUGACAUCUUGCUUUCCAUGGUCUCGAAACUGUCAAAAAGAAUCCUCAAACUUCAGUCUAAGCCCGCCCCGGCUGCAAUCGACUUUGUGAAGGGAAAGAUGUGCCUCGCGAACAAGUUCAUUUCAGACCGGUGGACUCUUACCCAGCAGCAGAAUUCUCCUACCCUCGGCCCCAAGUUAGAUCUUCUGCGGAUGUUGGACUUCAAUCAAGACUCCAUCAUCCGUCUUGAAGAGCUUGACUCGUUUUUGAGGACUCUUCGCAAUCGCAAGAACUCAGCCACUUACCAUGAAUUCACACCCUCCUGGCUACUAGUCAGCUACCGUCCCUCUGAGUUGCAGCGGGAAAUACGAACCCCCGACACGGAACACCUCCAUCUUCACUUGAUUUGCUUCGAAGGUUGGGUUGAGGCACAUCUACAGUCGUGGCUUCAGAAACAACUCACAAUCGGAUCGCACAGCACAUGCUCAACGCUUCGCCAUGCCAUGGAAAGCUAUCAUAGCACUGCUAGCUCAUUCUAUGCCGAGAACCCCGAGACGACAUCUAUCAUGCUUUUGACAAUCUUGGAGCUCUGGGUCGCUUGUGACAAAGCCGCAGUACAUUUCUGCCCGCUUCUCGCAGCGUUUGACCAUGAGAUUCCUCGAGGACCGUUUCAGAACCUCCUUCUUCCUACCCAUGAUCAAAUGGACAGGCUUCGAAACGCUGAGUUGUACUUGAAACGACGACGCCGCAACUCGUCCGGCCCACCCAUCUACCACGAAUGCAGAAGCUCGGCCUGUUUCGCAGUGCGAUUCUUUGAUGAUUCAGAUUUGCACCAACAGCUCAAGAGAUCCAUCGAAGAAAAGGCUACCCGAGAUCGAGAAGCCAAGAAAAAGGAAUUACAAAAGCUGAAGAGCCAAUAUGAGUCGCUGAUGCAACGGCAUCGGAAUAGUUCUUGCGAGUAUUACCAAAAGCUUUCAUGUCGGAACUACACAUAUGUAGACGUUCACAGCCGGUCUUGCUCGCGAUGUUCUUACAAACAGCAAGCUGACAGACUGAGGAUCGAUGUUCACGAGUGGCCACUUCCUAGGCAUAUCUCUGCAGCAAAGUCUACAGUCUUUGAGCUUUCGGUUCCGGAAUCAUUCGGAUACUGGAGAGAGGCUAGCAUGUUCGUGCUGUUCAAAGUUCUCAAGGUACACGCGAAAACAUCAGAGCAGCCUCGUGCUGACUUUCACUUGAGAAAAUAUCAAGCUCUUUUGAGAUUCUACAGCCAAAACAUCGAUUCACAGCAUAUCGGCCUGCUGUCCCAAGAUAAGCCUCAUAUGUCAACUCAUCGGAGAAAAGUCUCUGUGGGGACGGCGACUGAGGCCAGUAUCCUACUCGACAACGCGCUGAAUUUCGCUUAUUUCGACGACAGAAGAGGCUGCUUCAUUUCCUCCUUUGAAUCAUCCGAUGUGGUAUCUCAGCAAUGCACAUAUCGCUUGCCAAAGCUCUCCAAACCUUUGCAACAAUUUCUCUUCCGCCCAUCGUCAAGCCCAAGCGGCCCGACGCCCAACACCGUGGUCGCAACGCUGCAGAACUGUCCCGAAGGGAUGACACUCGAAGAAUACAAGGAUCUUGCUUCAAUUCCCAUUGGUCACAACCUCCAGUGGAUGAACAUCCUUCGUCAACUCUUUGCGUCAACUGUGGACUUCAAAAAGAGGGAAACAGGGCUUAUAAUUCAACAGUGCAUCUAUCAAGCUGGCCCGGAAGGCGAUAAUGCACUAAGAAGCUCUCAUGCCAUCUGCGGAAAUGAUUCGUUUCCUAUCAUGAUGUUAGAGGGCGUUUCAGAGGCAAUGCAGCGUUUCAAAGAAAACUGGCAAUCAUCAACAGCAUUGUCAUCAUUCACAGCAAUAUCUCGUCGUAUGAUUUCACUGUCCCAGUGUACGGCGAUACAACAGAAGGGUCUUGCAUGCUUGACAGAAGCGAGAGACACUACAUUCGCAUGGGCGAAAAACCUCAAGACCAUGAGUCAGAAUGUUCCUGACGACAAGGAACGACUCAAACUUCAACGGAGAUCGCUGGAGGUUGCGUUAAUAUGCGCAGACUCAUUCAACGUCGACGAAAAAUUUCAACGGGCGAUCUUCUCGACGACUGAAAGCGCCUCGGUCUAUUUCCAGUGUUGUUUCGCCAUACAAGAGGGCUCACAGACACUCCUCGAUUCUUCUGAUGAACUAGUCCGGUAUCUUUACUACCGUUGGCAACGAACCUCCUACUUGCAUUGGGGCUACUUGGCGAAGAUGAUCCUCGUUCACAAUAGCUUCGCACUCGACGAUGCUAUUUCUGCAACAUGGUCUGCUUACGAGCCCAGUCACAAGUGGACAACUCUCUCUGAAACACACAGCUGUUGGUUGGCGAGCACCACCACUUCACAAUCUGGUCAAAUGGCAAUCAGCUACAACCUGAUUACUGGAGAGCUUUUGGUGAAUGGUGUUCCACUUGAUCAUCUUCCUGGGAGAUACCUGAGCCACCUUUCCUACCAGGGACUAUUCGGAAAGAUGUCUCUAGAGAUCAUGCCAACAUCAAUCCAAGGGAUGCAGUACUCGGCGAAGAGGCAGUAUGCAGGCCAUGUCAUACACCUAGGCACCAGUCAAGAUCUCGGUCACGGAGAGCUUGACGUCUUGGUUCAAGCCUAUCACAACCAGAAUCGUUACGACUUAAUUCCAAGACGUCUUCUUACGGGGAAGUUUCCAACCAAGUUUGUCAACGAUUAUGUUCAUUGGUACGACUACAACAGGAACUGCGUAGAGUUCUGCGACAAACAGGUACCAUGGAAACAUGAUCGGUCACACUGGAGACUUAUACCAGCCCCUUGGAAUAGAUGGACGCUUGUGAGAGAUGGUACAGCUCUGAUAGAUGUCAACAGUCGAUCCGCCAAGGCGAUAUCCUCGAUUCUUCGCCCUCUCGAAGACCAGUACUCGAUUCAUAUCAUUCACAACGAGACGGACGGGUCGUUGUUUGUGGACCUCGCCAAAGCUAGGCUCGAGUUUACGUACCAAUCUAAGGAGACAUCGUUAAUGUCAAGACAAUAUCGAGGGAUGUCCGUGGACGCAAAUCAAUCCAUCGGUACUUUAGUGGGUCUGAAGGAUAAGCUCAUCCUACGUAUCGAUCAGCCUUGCCAUGCUGCCAUUACUCCUGGUCGCAAGGUACUCAUUCUUGAGGGAUGUGUAUCCCAUAUGAAGCAUGGAGAGCAUGUCAAGGUCUGCAUCGAGAAAGGCAGAGCAGCAGGUGUGCACCAAUACGACGUGGACGCGAGACUAGGAAGACUUGUCCUCAAUGGCAACCUGCAAAGCAAGCUCUUCCUUUGCUAUCUUCACGCCUUGACAUCAUUUGGGAUACCGGACCCUUUGACAGGCAAAACCGGCACUGAGGAAGCUCUCAGCAUUCUCGAUUCAGCGUCCGUCAGGUCUUUUGACGUCCUUACUCGCGAGAAUGUGGCUUUGCUUGGACUACUCGCAGAGCUGACACCGAGUAGAGCCUACUAUCCUACAAAUGAACGCGUCAUGCAGACUGUGGGAUGGUCGCCGCAACUGAGCUUUCUCUCCCAGCAUGGGUUAUUCCACGACUCUGUACAAUCCAUUCUUCAACAGGCAGAGAAACUACGGUUCUUUCAUCCUCAAUUAUAUUUCAGACCCCCACCACUAGACCACGCAAAUCACUUUCUCCUUGAUCGUGACAACCUUCGCUCGUCAACUUUUCGAGUUUCUGGUUUUGGUGCUGAGCGUCAGUGUCAAGAGCAUGAUGACACACAUUAUGCGGCCAGAGAUCGACGCAGCUCAGAUCGACGAACUUGGGCAUUCAUGGUAGCCAACUUAUUAUCCCGCCGGACCCCGUGUCUUGUUGAUUUUUUACCUCACGGACUGAAAGGCUGCUUGUGGAACUUUCUGCGGAGUCACAGUUCAGUCCUUGGUAGCGCUCAAGCUCUCUCAAUUAAGGAGAUAGCCUAUAACCCCGAACUUCUGUCCAAGACAUCUCAAUUCAUCACGCGCAACUUCCUGACGAUGCAGAGGUCUUUGAGGGGGGAUGUCAACAAAUAUCGCCUGAUGAUAUGGCUAGCGAUGGUGGCAUACUUCAAUAGAGCAGACAUAACCAUCAUUCAGACCUUAGCCUCAUUCCACUCGACAAGCAAACUUUCGGAGAUGGUGUCACCGGCGGCAGAUCAAUUUGAUCUGUCUGAGGGGAAGAGUUUUGUCGCCUCGAAGAUUCGAAGUUGCCUAACAAGUAAUCUCGUCCCGCUCUCUCAAUGCCCCGAAGCCAGGAUGACGCAAAACGAAUCAGGACUGGAGUCAUCUUGGGAAUUUAGGCGACGACAGGAAGAACAAUACGAUCGAAAAACGAUGGAGUCAGUCACGGUUUUGACGAAGAUACUUGAAGCACAGUGGCCUUGCAGUGUUCCUGUGAUACCACGGCAUCAUCCAGAUAGGACAAGUUGGAAUACAUAUGUACGCAUGGAUGCAGCCCUGCCUGCCAUUACAGCGUUGUUCAAGAGUUGGCACGACAACCUCCAGUUUUAUGCCCAUCUUGGCGCUAUUGCUAGCCACCUACCAACCGAAGUCAACACUGUGCCUCCCAUGGAGUCUCGACUAUCAACCCCCGAUUUGCCAUCAGCGAUAUCGUCUCAAAAGCAGCGAUACCUGGGCGAAGACGACUUUUUCCGAGAAACGAUACCGCAUUUCGUCAGUGAGAGCGUCUCUGUCUUGGACUACGAUUCUAUCUGCCAGCGCCCGAAAAAUGCAGGUGGAAGUGUAAAGAACUUCAAGCUACCGAACCUGCUCUCCAGACUCGGGAACAGGCAACUUGGCCAGUACGAAAGACAACAUGUCAAUGGACUGAAGACAAGUCUCGAGGCUCUACAGCAUCACGAGUCGACCGAGGUGUUCCUCAAGCCCUGUUACGACGAGGCGACUCUUGCUUUGCUGGAUUACUUGCAAAACUGCAAGAAGACCGUCCAGAAACUUCACAGUCUCAUCAUGAUGGCGUUGUUUGGUCAGAAUGGCGGUAACUGUGUCGCGAACAUCCAUGACAUUUAUCAACGGCCAAGAUUUUCUCCCUUUUUACUUCUGAGAAGACUCAAUCACUUACAUCGAGAUCUCACUCCAAUUAUUUGGAGGAAGUACCUUGUUCAGUAUGGGAUUGCUGUCACACAACUUCAGCGAGCCGAGCGCAUGCUGGCCUCGUCAGGAGAUGCCAUCGCAUUGACAAACGAGCUACGGAAUUCUGGACACAGGAACUGGUCCCCAAAUGACCACCCCGAUACCCUGUUGUUGGAGAUUGAGAGCGGAAUGAUGGUUCGAGAUGUCCAGGAACGAAUUGCUGGGCAGAUGAGAGAUCCACCAGCUGAGCAGAGUGCUGUCAUGCAAUUGAACAUGGGGGAAGGGAAGUCUUCGGUGAUUCUCCCUAUGGUCGCCGCCGCUACCGCCAACGGAUCACAGAUGGUGAGAGCCAUUGUAGCGAAGGCUCAGUCGAAACAGAUGGAGCAAAUGUUGGAUGCAACGCUCGGGGGUGGUCUGAUUCAACGACCAGUCUUCCGCAUGCCGUUUUCGAGGGCGCUCCAAAUCGGUCUAUCUGAAGCCGAAACUAUUCACACACUCUUCAAAGAGUGCAUGGAGUCCAAAGGCGUCCUUCUCAUCCAGCCUGAACACAUUCUAUCUUUCAAGCUCAUGGGAUUUGAAACCGCCAUCGCAGACAAGGCCAAAAUCAGUCAGUCACUAAUCAGGUCUCAACAAUUUCUCGACGAAUUCUCCCGCAACAUUGUGGAUGAGAGCGACGAGAACUUCAAUGUCAAAUUCGAACUCGUCUACACGAUGGGAUCUCAGCAGCCAGUAGAGCACAGUCCAGAUCGAUGGGUGUGCAUUCACGAAGUUCUUGGGGUGAUGAGAAGAUUCCUCCCAGCGGCCCAGGAGGCUGAUUCUACUUCGAUCGAAGUGUCUAGUCGCCACAAAGGAUGCUUCCCUCGAACACGCAUUUUGCGGGAAAGCGCCAAGGAUCAUCUGCUCAGUCUGAUCGCGCGUCAUAUCAGUGAGGCUGGCUUGGCUGGUCUUCCAAUAGGUACCCCUCAGGCACGUUCACUACAGCAAGCUGUCUACACAUACAUCACCAAGUUCAACCUGACGCCGGCGGAAGCGUCGGAGGUUGAGUCAUCCACGAUUUGGUCGCCAGCUACCAAGAAUACCCUUCUUUUACUGAGAGGGCUCAUCGCCUGCCAGAUCUUUAGCUUUGUAUUUUGCCAAAAGCGAUGGCGGGUGGAUUACGGUUUGGACUAUACGCGUGAGCCAGGCACAAGACUCGCAGUGCCAUACAAGGCCAAAGACAACCCAAGCGCUCGAUCUGAAUUCAGCCACCCAGACGUUAUCAUCACGCUCACAUCGCUCAGCUACUACUACGGCGGAUUGAAGGAUGCGCAAAUUCAUCAGACUUUCGAGCAUCUCCUGCACUCGGAUCAGGCGGACAUGGAAUACUGUGUCUGGGUGGAGGAUAGCGACCAAUUGCCGACAUCAUUUCAUCAACUAUCGGGCAUUAAUCUCGACGACGGUCAAUGUGUCAGGCAGAUUUUCCCUUGCAUUCGCUACGCAAAGGGGACGAUUGAUUACUUCCUGCAGCAUAUUGUCUUUCCUAAGGAGGUGAGAGCAUUCCCUUACAAGCUUUCAGCGUCAGGGUGGGACAUUGGCAAGGAGACGGCGAAUCCGACCACAGGCUUUAGUGGAACGAACGACUCUUGUGCUUUCCUUCCACUGAGCGUCAGGCAACUUGAUCUCCCCGAUCAAAAGCAUACCAACGCUCUAGUACUGGAAUACCUUCUCCAGGACGAAAAUUCUGUGGCGUUGAUGCCAUCCACGAAAGAAGCAUCAAAGACAGAUGCCGAGACCCUUUUAGAAAUGGUCGUCAAGCUGGAUCCUCCGGCACGAGUUAUUCUUGACGUCGGUGCUCAGAUCUUAGAACUUGACAACGUUGGGGUCGCAGAACGAUGGCUCGAGAUGACGGUCGACAACGACAAAACACAGGCUGUGAUUUUCUGCGACGAGGAUGAUCAUAUUCGUGUUGUAGACCGCAAAGGAAGAAUAGAAAGCUUCCAGACCUCGCCUUUUGCAACUCAGACCGACGUUUGCCUAGUAUUUCUCGAUGAAGCUCACACCAGAGGCACGGAUCUGAAGCUUCCGGAAAGCUAUCGAGCAGCGGUGACAUUGGGAGCUAAUCUGACGAAGGAUAGAUUGGUUCAAGCAUGUAUGCGUAUGAGGAAGUUGGGCAAAGGCCAGUCUGUGGUAUUUUGCGUCCCCGACGAGAUCAACCAGAAGAUCUCCUCUGCUUUUGAUCUCAGAGACAAUGAUUUGGCGGUAGAUCAUAUCUUAGAGUGGUCAAUUAUGGAUACAUUCAAAGACUUACGCCGUGGGAUAUGGCUGUGGGCGAACCAAGGCCGCCGCUAUCAAAACCAGAAACUUCUCUGGGAGGAAGUAAUGACAGACGACUCACCAAUCAUCAGCAAGGUUCAUGCGGAAAGAUUUCUAGAAGAAGAAGCGCAGACACUAGAAACACGAUACAAGCCUACUUUCCAGCUCGCAUCAGAGGGGACACACGCGAACGACCAAGGUAGCGUUGACGCCAUUACCGAAAGAUUGCUCCAACUUGGAGGCGUCAAUCCGGAGUCUACCACAUUUCGAGAAGAACAAGAGAGAGAGCUGUCGCCAGAAGUGGAGCAGGAAAGGGAGGUUCAGAGACCGCCCGCAGCAAAGCCUGCACGACACGCCAUACACCCCGACGUCCGCGCAUUCAUCUCCGAUGGCGUGGUUGAGAGAGGAUCAGAGGCAUUUCUGCCGGCCUUCAAGUCGUUCGGGGAGACCAGUGCUGCGAAGCAGUACGAUGUCAGCAGGAUCCCGCGGGGCCUUUUGGUCACUGAGGACUUUGCCCGGACUAUCGUCCCUCUAGGCAAUGGUUAUAAUUCAGAUCUCUUCCAGAGGUCAGUUCAAUGGAUUCUGACUAGUGCGUCGAAGACGGGAAAAGUUACGGUCGCGGCAAUAAUCAGUCCACACGAGGCCCAAGAGCUUUUGCCAGAAAUCGAGAGAUCCAGCUUCGUAUCCAUUCAUAUUUACGCCCCACGGCCCAAUCUUGGUUUCCGGCCUUUGGAUGGAUUGGAUCUUUACGUGACUCCGGGACGAUCGGUCCCCCGGACUAUGUGUCAACGACUGGUUACAGAGCUAAACCUUUUUUCCGGUCAACUUUACAUCAAGUCGAUAGACGAUUAUCUUGACUUGCGAAGAUUCCUUACUUUAGACUCGGAGGGCACACAGAUAGGUGCCACAGCCGAUUUCGGUGUUGAUUCAGACGAAAUCAUGAACCGAGGAUCCCUCAUUCAGUUCUUCAAAACGAUAUUGAUGAAAAUUCGCAGGAAUUGUGAGUCGAUAGACAAAACUCAUGUCGGAAAAAUACUAAACCAGCGAGCCUUGGAUGCUUCGGAUCUAGAAAAGGAGAGAUGA